AUGAAUCUCAGAUACGCUACAUCGAUUUUGAUUUUGGCUGUUCUUGGCCAAAAUGCAGAUGCCGCAAGUGAUAUAGCUGGGGCUUCCUCCGGAGCAGCUUCUAAAGUGGGAGCAGCUAGCAGCUCUAUCACUGGAGUCGCAUCUUCUGCCGCAGCAGGAGGCCCUGCUGCAACUGGCAAAACUUCCAGCUACUUAGGAGGAUUGGUUUCUGGAACAACUAACGGUGCUAAAUCCAGUGGUGGCGCUACGGGUGGCUUGGGUGGCACUCACACAACCUCUAAAACCUCUAAAACCUCUAAGGCUGAAGGUUCAAAGAAAUCUUCGUCUGCCGGCAGUGGCCAUACAUCCAAAAGGAGCGGUUCCUCGUCUAACAGCACCUCCAGUAAGUCUGGAGCAGACAAAGUUCAAGCUUACCCUUACUUCAUUACUGGAGGUGUUCUUGCUGUUUCCGCUAUCGUGGCUCUACUCUAG